AUGGAGGGCUACCUCUGGAAACGGGGGCGCAAGGUGCCCAGCAUGAAGCGACACUAUGCCGUACUUAAAGGCACCAUGUUGUCCUUCUACCUCAGUCAAGAUGAGGCUCAACGCCCCGGUGCCGUGCCCAAGCGAGUUCUCGAGAUAAUCGACUUACGGAUCAUGCCGGGCAGCUCUUCGGCCGAUACGCAUCAUCCGCCGCACAUGGUGCUCAAGUAUCUAGACGCGGACGGCGGCGGUACACUUCAGUGUCGCGCAGACACGAGAGAGAGCCAACAAGUCUGGCUCGAAGCCCUGCAACACGCUCUGAAAGAACCUGACCGUAUGGCUCAAGAAGAGAUCGCUGAGGCUCAGGAAGAGCUGAAACAAGACGCCCAACGUCACAGUCGAGCAGUGCAACAAGCCACUGAAGCUGUGGAAGCCGCGGGACGACAUCAUCGAGAACAAGCCAACGCGGAGGGCGCAUUGCAACAGAAUCGAGAGAUCGCAGUGGAACUCAACACGCAACUGGAGACGGCAAAGACGUUGCAACACGAGGCUCUACAGAAGCUCCAGACGCUUCAACAUGCACUAGAAGACGCCCGACAGCGCGUCCACGCGUCGUCGUUAGGGUCCGAGGACUCGUCGUUCGACCACGCGAUGGAAGCCGUCGAGAGGUUAGCAGCCAAAGUGGAAGUGGCCGCCAGUGCCGAAGCCACACACGGCCGCAACGUCGAGUUGCUUCAAGUGCAAACUGAAGCCAACUCGAACGAGCAACAGGAUUUGGUGCAACGAGUGCAAAAAUGUGCGCAAGAGAGUAAAAUCCUCCGUCAAGUGGCCGCAAAAAGUCUGGAAGACGCGCAACGUGCCAAACAGCGAAGCAAACGCCUAGCCUCAUGGGGAGACGACGCGGAAAGCGCCCGACCGUCGCAUCUAGAUCCAUUGGUAGAGGGGUAUUUGCUAUGCCAACACCCCAUGCGAACAACGAUGCACCGUCGCUACUACGUCCUCACUGGCAACACGUUGUGCUGGUACGCUGACCAAGACGCGUUCGUCCACAAAAUGGACGCGCCGAGUGGCGUUCUACACGUCGCAGAAGUGUCGGAAUGGGACGGCAAAGUCAAGCCAACGUCCCCUAUUCGACGACUUGUGGUGCCGUUUAGUAGCAGUGCCAAAGCCCAUUCCAACGAGCAAAACCCGAACGCAUUCGCUGUACUCACAGUCGAAGGGAAGACGCUGCGUUGCAGUGCACCACUUAAAAAGAACCAGGAAGACUGGAUCGCUGCUCUGCACGUGGGGCUCACGAUGCCUCCGUUGUCUCCUCAUCGAGCUCGAGCUGCCAAGUCACGUCGAGACUCGUUCGACUUGUUGGCGUCCACUCCGGUGUCUCCGAAACGCCAGAGCAGUGACGAAGCGAAGAGCGAGGAGACGAAAGAGCCGGAGACGGCAGUUAUCGAAGCAGCUACAGAGGCAGAGACGUUGACGUCCGAAGUGGUGGUAGAAGGCUAUUUGGUGGGGAAAACGUCGCUCGAAGAGACCAUGAAGAAGAAAUAUUGUGUGCUACGAGCACUGACUUUGUACACCUUCGCUACACACCAAGAAGCGUCGAAGGUAGAGCGCUCUACUUCGCACAACACGUUCCAUGUCAGUGGUGUAUCCAACUGGGACGGCCACGCGACGUUGAUGCACUACGAUCACGGCUUCUUGCUGCAGACUACCGAGCAUCAAAGUAUUUACUGCAGUGCCCCUAGUCUGCAAGAGAAAAACCAUUGGGUCAACAGUGUGCAACAAGCCUUACUACGGUAUCAGCACGAGGGCAAACGUGGCUCUAAAGUGUUCGAGCAAUCAACAGAAGAAGAAAUGACCGGGCAACGUCAACAGCCACCGUCGUACGACUCGGCAAGACGAGAAUUUCUUGCCAUCCUACAGCAAUAUUACGCUGAAUACCAUCCAGGCAAAUUGGGUGAUGUGCCCAUGCUGUUAUCUCGAUAUCAGGGACGCGAACAAGCGCUUGUGGAGCACCUGGACCGUCUCUAUGGCACGUCGGUGGCUAGAGAUACAAACAUCCACAUGAUGUUAGCAGCUAUGGCGAACCCGACGCCACCUCCCACGGCACCGCCUCACCAUGUUUCUCUGUCUCCGGCAAUUUAUUCGUCAGAGGAUCUCACGGAUUAUUUGACGUGGAAUAAAGAUGAGACCUCCAGUUUCUGUGUCCUGGCUGGAAAUCGUCUUGAGCGCCUCGAAUCGGAAGGUGGAAAUCCGCUGGCUGUCUUCGUAGUGACGGGAAUUCAUGACUAUCCGGCGCUUUCUCCAACGAUGAGUCGAUCGUCUUUGGGAGACCAGGAGCUGCAGUUUUUCGUGUCCGGUGGCAGUGUCGUCGCCCACAGUGGCCACACAGCGCUGUUGUCUGACGUGGUGGUGAGUCUACAUCCGGUGACUGCAAAACUGGCCGAAACACUAGCCUUUCCUCUGGAAACUCAAACCAACGGCGUUAUUUUACUCCGCUCCGAUGCGGCGGAGAUUGUGCACGACUGGACCCACGCAUUGCGCACUGCAGUGGCAAGUCAACCGCGUGUUACCACCGAAACUAAGAAGAAUCUGGGCACUUCUUUCGACCAGCUUCGUGCUCGAAUAGUGGAAUUUUACGAGAAGAAUAACCCGUCAAAAGUUUCGGAAGUGGAUACUUUACUUCAUUCUUUUCAAGGACGCGAAGGCGCGUUACUGGAGCAGAUUGACACAGUCUACAAGAGUCACCUGGCGACAGAUCCGGUAUGCACGUCGUUGUGUGCCGAUCUUGCAGCGAAAUUCGCCGAGAAACACAGUGUUGCCGAUAAUAAAAUACCAGAGGUUCCAAGUGACGAAGCUAUUCUAAUGGAGGGGUAUCUAAUGAAACGCGGCCACAAGAUUCCUUCUAUGAGGAAGCGAUACUGUGUGCUCAUUGGCAACGAGUUGACGUACUACGUCACACACGACGACAGUAAGAAUCCUGGCGGUGGCGCCACAACGAAUCCGUUGGGGAAUUUCCGAGUGGAAAUUGUGGGAGAUUGGCACGGCAAGACUGCCACACACACGUACGAACACGCGAUGGAACUGGAAACUACUGACGGCAAAACGUUCUUCUGUGCCGCAUCAACCGCCAAGGAAAAGCAACAGUGGGUUGACGCCUUCCGUCGCGGUAUUGCGCUCUCUCGCAUUGAACAGCGAGAAAAUGACAAUAUAGAUGAAACCGAGGAAAAUCGGAAAUUACGAGAACAAUUUCGCGACAAAUUGGCAGAUUUUUAUCGUGUCCGCAACCCUGCAAAGCUUCCCGACUUGAAUUUACUAUUGAGUUGCUACGUUCAGCGUGAGUUGGCGCUGCUGCAAGCUAUCGAUCAAGCGUAUGGAACGAGUUUAGCAACAGAUGAAACUCUUUUGACAUUGUUGCCACCGCAUCCUGACCAAGCAACCGCAUUGGCAACUCUGAAACUGGAUGGCUAUUUAAAGAAAACGUCGGGUGAAAAUUCGAAUUCCCUUUGGAAACGUGCGCAAACCGUAUAUGUGGCAAUCGAUGGGUUGACAAUCUCCCUCUUUGCCACACGUGAAGGGUUCAAAACUGGAGGUGCCGGACUGGGGGAAGGAAUGAUUGUCUUGGCCGUGAAAGACGACGACCAUCACUCUGCAACAAAUCGGUUCGCAGUGGAGACGAGUGAACACGAAUGGCUACGCUUCGAAGCUCGCGACACGAUGGAGAAGCGUCUGUGGGUGCAAGUGCUGCGUGCAGCGCUUGACACCGUGUUGGCUCAGAGUUUACUAGCGGACGAUAGCGUGGAUUCCAGCCAUGACAGUACCGUCGAUGCGCGUGGCUUCUUACUAUUGCGAGUAGAUUAUCAGUAUCCACAAGACGAACAUUGGAAACGACGUGAAAUGGCUACACCAAUUGAAGAGCGUGGUGUGGCAUUAGAGAAUGGAAAUGAGUUUGUGAUUAGCAAAUCAACAAAAGUAGCACAAGAGGCUCGUUUCAGAGUCGUGAGCACUCGGGCGUGGACCCCUGGAGCGCGUUGUUGGCCGGUGACAGCAGGGAACAGAGCUCCUCGGUUUCCUUUCCAAAUUGUUACACAGGAACAAUUUGUCUUGAGUUGCAGUGCCGCCACAGAUGCCGAGCGGGCGAAAUGGAUUCGCCAGCUUCGUGUGGGUGCAGAACAAGCUGCAGCACUGGAAAUGCUCGAGGAGCAACUGCUAGAAACGCGAUCUCCCAUGUCUCUUAGUCGACGUAGUCUGGUGGAUAGGACCCACCGCGACUUUGACGAUCGAGACAGUGUUGCACCCUCUCCACCUGUUAUUUCGCAUCAAAAUGAUGACGAGGAGCCUCCGAUAACGGGGUAUCUGUCUUUCCGUCUUGCAAAGUCUCCGCUCUCUUCCAGUGAAGCUCGACACGCUUCGCAAGUGCCCAUCCCACACGAAGGCUUUAUCGUGCUGAGUAUGCGUGGCCAAGUCGCUGUGUAUGACGAUGAAAGUGCGUAUUAUCGUCACGAUGCUCCAACAUGUGAAGCGCAAGCGGUGGAGCUGUUAUCAGAUGGGGUGGCGUCAGUUUCAGUGUCGACACACAGUCCAAAGACGAAAUCGAAGUUGCGUCAUCUGUUCCCUGGAACCAAAGACGUCGCGUCGUCGUCCUUGGCGUUUGCCGUGGUCCUUCACCCCUUGGCCGAUACAAACGCCAGCUACAAUGAAAAUACGUCAAUGCUCGAGUUUUUCCCUUCACUUCCGUCCCAACGUGAUCAAUGGACGGAAGCGUUUGCCAGCCGAAUCGACUUUGCCAGGGGUGAAGCGCUUCUAGCUGAUGAGAAGAUCAUGUUGACACUCGAACAAGAAGAAGAAGAAGAAGAAGAGAAACACGAAGAAAUAGAAAUAUCCAACGAACAUGAAAGCAGUCGCCAAGACGACACUGACGACAGUGGCUUCGAAGACAAACCCUCGACUCUGGACGUGUCCGAAGCGGAAGGUAGCGAACCUCUUGCGACAGACGCCGGGUUCGUGUUUAAAACCGCUGCCGUGGAGGGAAUUCUGACUCCGUGGCAGACUUCAACGUCGCCCAUCCGUAUCCCCGGCAGCUCCAAGAUGAAGCCAGUAAUGCCCGUGUACGCGGUUCUUAUUGGCUGUCGCUUGCGAUGUUAUUCCUCUCGAGAGGCAGCUGCCAUGGAGGAUGAACCUCCGUCUCUUGAUAUCGAGAUCACAGCUUGUUCAUCGUGGGAAGCGCCGACUGCGUCGUGGCUGACAAUUGGCAGAGAAGACGAGAAUCUCGGCUUCAAAAUGGACGUCAAGGGAUCUCGCCACUGCACUUGCUUCACAGCUCCAAGUAUGGAAGCCAAACAGCAGUGGAUUCAAGUGAUACACCACGAACUUAACUUUGUGGCAGCAGAGCGAUCUCUGAGUAUUUCCGAACGACAAUUCACGCAAGAAGUGGCAGCUCAUCUCGCGACACAAUUAGAAGCGAGAAACGACAAUAUUGACGCCUCUACACCAGCGCAGAUGAAGGGUUAUAUCCGGAAGACAAGUGACAAGAAGACUAGGAAGAUGAAGCCGCUAAAGCUCUGGAAAACACGCUUCUGCGUCGUGCUGGGCUCUCACUGGCUCGUAUACGCCAACCAGAGUCAAGCUAUCUCGUCGGGGGAAGCACCGACUCCUGUGGCAGUGUAUGAGCUACUAGGUAUUGCAAUAAAUGACGGGGACGAUGUAGCCAUGAACGAGUUCUCGAUCGUCGUCGUUCCUGGUCGACAAGUCAAGUGCAGAGCUCGGUCGAGUCUGGAACGGAAGCGCUGGGUGAAUGCUGUGGAGGAUGAGCUACUGCUACAGACCACGACAACGCAAGAUCUCGAGAGAUCGGCGAAGCAAUACGAGGAGAAAGUAGCAGCUCGGGAAGCGGUUAAGAGCAAGUUGCACGAGGUUAAAACUGAUGCCAGACGCCUGUCGGCGCUGCUUGGAGAGGCGAUCCAAAGCGCGAAGGAUGAUUCGGAUUCGGACUAUUCCGAAACGCGAAAUGAUUCGGAUGAAGAGUCUAUAAAUACGCUGCGUCGACGUUCCGGACCGGAUUAUCUGGAUGGGAGUCCGGAGAGCUCUCCGAUGAGAAGAAACGUGGGGGAAAUGGCGUUUACGUUCGAUACUCUUGACGGAGCCAAGGAUUCCGAGACCAGGAAGAAGGAUUCUUCUUUCUUUAUGAACUGCUUCACUUGUUUCUUCAGGUGUAUCCCCAUGACCUCGACGGGUUCUAAUGGGAGGAAUGCUAUUGCUUCAUUGGGGAUCCCGGGUUACCCUUCAACUGCUGCAGCGUGUAACCCAAUGUACACCUGCGAAUAUUAUGAAGAGGACGGGUAUCGUGGGUUGGCCAGUGAGCCUUCCAAAAGACAUCUCAAAGUCGUUAUGAACCCCGUUGGUGCUGAUUGA